AUGUUUAUUCGUAACCGUACGAUUCAGGCCCUGGGCCUGGUGGUCACAUCUCUACUUGCCGCCGUCGAAUCUGUGCCCACAGCCCAGUGUGAUCAACGGAUAGCCGGAAACGUCACCACGCUUCACACGGUCCCCGGCACCACGUCCCUCGAAAACCUCGCCAUACGCAGCAACGGCAACAUCCUCGUUUCCUCCGUCAACUCGCCUACUCUGUACCAGCUAUCUCCAAAGAACGAACAUCCACCAACUGCUAUUGCUGAAAUAGCUGAUGUCACCGGCCUGCUGGGUAUCUCCGAGUUGGAGCACGACAUCUUCUACGUCGUCGGAUCGAACCUAACGGCUACCGAGAACUCAAACGGCGUGUGGAAAGUCGAUCUGCGAAAGUCCCAGAUCUCCCGAAACGGCACUGUCACCCAGCCUGCGGAGGUCUCAUUGGUUCGGCGGAUCCCCCAGGCUCUCCAGCUCAACGGCAUGAGUCGUCUCGCCGCCAACGACACCGCGCAUCUUCUCAUUUCUGACUCCGCCCUGGGGACAGUUUCCCUAUUGAAUGUCGAGACUGGAGAUUUCGACACAGUCCUCGAAGAGCCUGAGAUGGCACCUUUGGCCUCCGGACUUAGCAUCGGCGUGAACGGUAUUCGGAUCCGCGGAAACAACCUUUACUUCGUGAGCUUGGACCAGGGUUUAUUCGCCAGAGUCACCAUUUCUCUUGCUGAUGGGUCGGCAAUUGGGCCGGUCGAGACUCUCGCCUCCAACAUAACCUUUGGUGACGAUUUUACCCUUUCGAAAGACGGAAAACGGGCUUAUGUUGCGACGAACGGACCUCGAGAGGUUCUUGAGAUCGAUGUCAUCAAGGGCGGACAGACCGUUCUUGCUUCAUCGCCUUUGCUGUCAGCUGCGUCUUCUGUAGCCGUUGAUAUGUUCCGACCGGAAGGACUGCUGUAUGUCACAGGCGGCGUGGCGAAUGGAAAUGGUACUGUAGGCCACGUUGCUAGAGUCAAUCUCCAGUGUAUCUAA